AUGGAAGGCGUUGGGGCUCGCGUUAUCAGAGGGCCCGAUUGGAAGUGGGGCAAACAGGUUGACUGGCAAUGGGAAGAUCAAGAUGGUGGCAAUGGAAGAAGAGGGAAGGUCAAUGAGGUUCAGGACUGGUCAGCUGCCAGUCCUCGUUCUGCUGCUUAUGUUGUGUGGGAUAAUGGGACCAAGAAUCUUUAUAGGGUAGUAAAUGAUGUGAAAGGACAAAAUGUAUAUAAAGAACAUCUGCCACUUUUGGGAGAACUUGGACCGGGACGUACUGGACCUCAUGGGCUACAAGUUGGUGAUCAAGUGAAUGUUGAUCUGGAUUUAGAAAUAGUGCAGUCACUACAGCACGGACAUGGUGGUUGGACCGAUGGAAUGUUUGAGUGUUUGGGGUCCACUGGAACUGUAGUGGGCAUAGAUGAAGACCAUGAUAUAGCGGCUGCACAAAACGGGCACGUUGAAGUGAUCCGCAUGCUCGUAGAAAUGGGUGCGGAAGUAGACGCCGAAGACCGCGACGGCGAUCGCGCCGUUCAUCACGCAGCUUUCGGCGACGAACCGGCUGCUUUACGGGCUCUUGCUGCUGCCGGCGCUGAUCUGAACGCAAGGAACCGAAGCCGCCAGACGCCGUUGCAUAUUGCUGUGAACAAAGGUCACUUGGGCGUCGUCAGGACACUGCUGCAACUCGGCGUCCACCCCAGUCUCCAGGUUAGUGAACGAUACGCUCUCUUUGUUUACAUAGGUAGUAAUAACCUACGAUCUAAACUCAUAGAACUGAAGACGCCUGACGCCGUUGCAUACGCUACGCUUCUGAAACUGGGCGUCCACCCUAGUCCUCGGGUGUUCAUUAUCAGCCCUAAGCCUCAGAACUUUCUCCGUGGUCGUGCGAGCGGCGAGGAUGUAGACCACUUCGUCGACAACGUUAGCUGCGUCAAUCAGCGCCUUGUGUCAUAUGCCCCUCACAUGUUUGAUCUUAGUCUCCCUAAUCUUCUUCAGCUCCGUUUGGCCUCUCCUUGA